AUGCGCUUCACCGCCGGUUCCCUGGCUGCUGCCACUCUCCUUGCGGGCGUUGUCUCAGCAGCCCCUGCCCCCGCCCGCAAUGAUCUGAGCAAAAGGGUGUACAAGCCCACUCCCAUUGCCAGCCGUGCUAGCAACAAGGCUUCCUCCAGUGUCUUGGAACUGAAAAAGGUGAAGAGUAGCAGUGGUGCGAGCCGCAGCGCUUCCCGUCUGAAGAAAACCAGCUCCAGCACGACUACCUCCGGCAGCUCUACCUUGAUCUCGCUCUUUGAAGGCGAGGAAUUCGCUACCUCCAUUACAGUUGGUGGGGCCUCUUUCGAUGUGAUCGUUGACACCGGUUCCAGUGACCUGUGGCUGGUAGAAGAGGGCUUCACUUGCCUGAACGAGAACGAGAAGCAGGUCUCCGAAUCCACCUGCGCGUUCGGUCCCACCUGGUCACCCACGAGCGCCUUCGCCAAGAUCUCCGGCGAGGAAUUCUCCAUCAGCUAUGGCGACGGAGAGUUUGCCAUCGGAGUUAUGGGCAAGGAUGAAGUCACGCUGGCCGGGAUUAGCGUCGAGCAGGAGCUGGCCGGUGUCACCGAGGCAUACUGGGAGGGAGAUGGUACCACUUCCGGUCUCGUUGGUCUGGCCUACCCCGGCAUUACGAGUGCCUACAGCACCCGCACCGAGCAGCAGGUGGAAUACGACCCCAUCAUCACCACCCUAGUCGAUGAAGGUCUCAUCGACUCCUACUUCAGCAUCGCCAUCGAGCGCGAUGUCUCCGGGGCUGCUGGUUACAUCACCCUUGGUGGUCUUCCUCCCGUCAACUACACUGACACUUGGUCAUCCACCGAUAUCCUGGUGACCACCUACGACGGUCAGGACGAAGGCUACGCCUACUACACCAUCGAGAUCGAUGCCGUCACUUUGAGCGGCAAGUCUCUCACCGCGGCCGGGGGCAGUAGCAUCCAGUACAUUGUCGACAGCGGCACGACCCUCAACUACUACCCGACUUCGAUCGCGGCCGAAGUCAACGCUGCCUUCUCCCCUGCCGCCACGUACAGCGAGGAUGAGGGCGCCUACGUGGUCGACUGCGAUGCCACGGCCCCCGCCCACGGAAUCACCAUCGGUGGAACCACCUACAUCAUCAACCCCUUGGACAUGAUCCUCGACGCCGGCACCGAUGACAGUGGCAACACUGUCUGUAUCUCGGGUAUUGUCGAUGGUGGCGACGACUACAGCGAGGAUAUCUUCAUCCUUGGCGAUGUCUUCCUGAAGAAUGUGGUCGCCGUCUUUGAUGUUGGUGACGUGGAGCUCAAAUUUGCUCCCAGAGAGUUUUACGACUCCAACGACACCUACUAA